AUGGAUUUGAAACGUAAUUCUGUCAUUGCUGCAUAUUUAGCUGGAAAAUCAGUUCCAACUAUCGUUCGUGAGCUCCAGCAUUUGAAUGUGAACAAAAUGUUUGCGCAUCGAACCAUAAAUCGUUACAACGAUACUGGUAGUGUUAAAAAACGCUAUGGUGGUGGACGGAAAAAAACAGCAACUAACGCAGAAAUAGUCCGAAAAGUAAAGAAGAGAAUCGAGCGAAAUCCGAAGCGGAGUGCCAAUAAAAUGGCUAAAGAACUGAACGUGUCGCGUUGGAGCAUCCAACAGAUACUGAAAACUGAACUUCAACUCAAGCCCUACAAAAUACAAAAAGUACAUGACCUCAAUGCAGCGCAGAUGAAAGUUCGAUUGGACAGAGCAAAAGUGUUGAAGCGCUUGGCUGCGAGUGGCGAAAUUCCAAACAUUGUCUUCUCGGAUGAGAAAAUUUUCACCAUUCAUGAGUGA